CCCCGCCCGUUUCUGGGCCUCCGUUGCACCCCGGCCGCCGCGGUGCGAGGCCUCACCCCUCUGAUCUGCCGCAGGAUGGGCCUCUCCGCCGCGGCCCCGCUGUGGGGCCCCCCGGGGCUGCUCCUCACCAUCGCCCUGCACCCGGCGCUGUCCGUGCGCCCCGCCAAGGCCCCCGCGAGCCCGCACCGGGACUACUGCGUGCUGGGCGCCGGGCCCGCGGGCCUGCAGAUGGCCUACUUCCUGCAGCGGGCCGGCAGGGACUACGCCGUGUUCGAACGCGCGCCGGGGCCGGGCAGCUUCUUCACUCGCUACCCCCGGCACCGCAAGCUCAUCAGCAUCAACAAGCGGUUCACGGGCAAGGCCAACGCCGAGUUCAACCUCCGCCACGACUGGAACUCUCUGCUCAGCCACGACCCCCAGCUGCUCUUCAGACACUACUCGCGGGCCUACUUCCCCGACGCCCGCGACAUGGUGCGCUACCUGGGCGACUUCGCGGACAGGCUGGGGCUCCACGUGCUGUACAACACCACCAUCACCUACGUCACUCUGGACAAGGAUCGACAGGCCUGGAAUGGCCACUACUUCAUCCUGACCGACCAGACGGGCCAGGCGUACCAGUGCAGUGUCCUUCUUGUAGCCACUGGUUUGUCAGUCCCCAACCAAGUUAACUUCCCUGGCUCCGAAUAUGUGGAAGGUUAUGAGUCCGUGUCUGUGGACCCCGAGGACUUUGUGGGUCAGAAUGUGCUGAUCCUGGGCCGUGGGAACUCAGCCUUUGAGACGGCAGAGAACAUCUUGGGGGUCACAAACUUUAUCCACAUGCUGAGCCGCUCCCGGGUCCGGCUGUCCUGGGCCACCCACUACGUUGGAGACCUCAGAGCCAUCAACAAUGGCCUGCUGGACACCUACCAGCUGAAGUCCCUGGACGGGCUGCUCGAGUCUGACCUGACAGAUCUGGCCAUCCUGAAGGACCGCGAAGGCAAGUUCCACGUCACCUUGAAAUUCUCCCUGGAGGAAAACAACACCAACCAGAGUGCUGACUCCAUCACCCUCCCCCAGGACAACCAUGACAACUUUGCCCUGCGUGUGGCCUAUGACCGGGUCAUCCGCUGCCUGGGCUGGAACUUUGAUUUCUCCAUUUUCAAUAAGUCCCUCAGACUCAAUUCGGGGAAUCCAUUCGACACGAAGUACCCACUGAUCCGAGCCAGCUAUGAGUCCAAAGGGAGCCGGGGUCUUUUUAUCCUGGGUACUGCCAGCCACUCGGUGGACUACAGGAGAUCUGCUGGGGGCUUCAUCCACGGAUUCCGGUACACAGCGCGGGCCGUCCACCGGCUCCUGGAGUACCGCCACCACGGCGUCGCCUGGCCCUCCACCGAGCUCCCCAUCACACAGCUGACCAGCUCCAUCAUCCGGCGCGUGAACGAGGCUUCUGGGCUCUACCAGAUGUUCAGCGUGCUGGCCGAUGUCGUCCUGUUGAAGGAGAAUGCCACCGCCUUCGAGUACCUGGAGGAGUUCCCCAUGCUGAUGCUGCCCCAGCUGGAGACCCUCACAGGGAGGAACGCAAGGCAUGGGCUCUUCGUCAUCAACAUGGAAUAUGGCAAAAAUUUCUCUGGACCUGACAAGGAUGUCUUUUUUCACGACCGGUCUGUGGGGCACACGGAAGACGCCUGGCAGUCUAACUUCCUGCAUCCUGUCAUCUACUACUACAGACAGCUCCCCACCGAACAGGAGGUGACAUUCCGCCCUGCGCACUGGCCCCUGCCUCGGCCCGCGGCCAUCCACCACAUCGUGGAAGACUUCCUGACAGACUGGACCGCCCCCGUUGGGCACAUUCUCCCUCUGAGGCGCUUCCUGGAGAACUGUUUGGACACGGAUUUACGAAGCUUCUAUGCAGAGUCCUGUUUCCUGUUCGCCCUAACGCGCCAGAAGCUGCCACCCUUUUGCCAGCAGGGGUACCUGAGAAUGCAGGGGCUCGCAAGUACUGAGAGCCUUCGGCAGCACGGAGUGAAGAGCAGGCUCCUCCGGGACUAUGCUGCCGUGGGCAGGCACCUGGAGGACAGCAGCCAGCGGCCUGGUGACCGUGGGCCCGUAGGUGCCCCCCCGGAUCCAGGGCCUCCAGUCCAGUCCCUUGACAGCAACAAGGAGGAGCUCUGACUGUCCCUUCCCAGGCUGUGGGCACAGGGGCCAGGCUCUCCCACCCAGCCUGUGGUCAGUCCCUGCUCUUUCCCCACAGCCUCGUGCUCGCACCGAUGUGUGAUCACCAAAGGCCACUCGGCUCAUCGUGGUGACUGCCCCAUAGCAACACGCACGGCACGGAAGGGCUGAAGUGUGGUGAUGCGGUGGUUACCUCCCCUCCUCUGGCCCUGGGUGCCCAGGAGGCGGGGUCAGGAGAAGGGCAUCCCCUGCCAGGUGUGAGCUGCCUUCCACAGCCCCACUUGUCCCCAGCUGCGCUGUCGCUGAGCACCAGGCUGGCCUCGGUUCUGUCCCUCUCAAGGGCCCAGCUGCUCCUUUUCCUUCUGUCUGCUCUUCAGAUAGGCCUGAACCCAUCCUCAUCCUCAUUAGGGUUUGUGGCAAGCCUUUAAAACAAGCUCUCAUGUCCUCAACAGCCAUAACAAACAGACAGGUGGGACUGGUGCCCCAGAAUACUGCUGAAGACACCAGCUCGGAGAUGUCGAGUAACUCUGGGUCCCCAGCCGGGAGGCCCUGCCUGUGUCACACUUUUGCCUCCACUGCCUCACCUGCCCCCUGGCCCCAUUUUCUGCAGGGUUUGGACUUAGCUAUGGAUCCCAGGGGGCCCAGCCCAGCCUAUCUCCCUGGGCCCAGGGCUGUCAUCAGGCAGAGAUAGGACAGCUUCCUGCAAAGCCAUCUUAUCUAAGCUGCUCCCUCCCCCAGCUUCCCCAGCUUGCACCUCCCCCCAGUCACCUUCAGUGCUGCUCCCUUACCUUCCCCUGGUGGCAUCUGGAACCAUGCCUCGCUCCUGACCUACCUGUCAAGUGCUGUCUUUCUGUCGUGAGCACGCCUACAUGCUCGCCAUGUGCAAGGAGACGUUCAUAAAUGCCUUUGUAUGAUAAUGAUGAGGGAUUUGGUUCCUGGCUCCCUUAGCCGUUCCAGCUUCUCCUCGUUGUCCUUCCUCACCAGGAGUCCGCACUCUCCCAUCAGGCGGCUUAGUCUCAUUUAGAGUGAGUAAGCCAUGGGAAAGCAUUUGUGCGUGAGAUGAUGGUGGUGAUUUUUCAAAGCCCAGAAUCACAGGUGACCACUUUCUCACUGGUUCUUACUAGAUCUUCAUGUAUCCACUCAGGAUUCCAGGGACACGGGCUUUCUGGGUCCACGGCUCUUUCCUGGGAACAUCCUCUUCCCCUCUUGGCUAGGACCAAACUCCUGUAACCACCUGGCCCCGCUGUCUGUGUGCAGAAGGCUCCCGGUUACCGUGAGGAAACUCCAGCAGCCGGGAGGAGUUGUCUACCUCCUGAUAAUACUUGGGAUAGUUUGCACAGGGCUGAAACUCCUAAAUUAAGGGUUUUUUUCCCCGAACCCAGGAUGUUUGAUUCACCAUAUUGCACACAGAUGACAGGUAAACCAAAAUUGGAUCCUGUCACCCUGCCCUACCUUUUCCAAAGCAUUUUUUUAAAAAACCUUUUAAUUAGGACUAUACACAUAAGAUCAAAACCUGUUACACACAUCUUGCCUACCCGGUUACUGAAAGCUGGCUGAACCACUUGUUCCAAUAAAUGUUUAAGGUGCUGCAACAGAUAAUUUAUUGACAUCUAAAUAUGUGACAUCUGCUGCCAAAUCGUUAAUCCCAUCAGAACAUCAGCCAAACUUAAUUGUUUUUAACAAGGCUUGAUUCCAUUCUUAGCGGAUUAGAGGUGUCUUCCCUGAUACUCCUUUUGUAAAUUAAUAGUUGGUUUCAAUAGUCCUUUUUCCUGUGAAGAUCAUUGCUGCAUUGCCAAGUUCCCAUCCAGACAGCCCCUCCUGGCCAUCCUCCUCCUGGUUUUAGUCCUGACCUCCAGGCGCCCACUGCGUUAGGCAUGCCACCUCAGGUGCCUGCUGUCUUCCUGCUGUGUUGUACUAGAUUUAUACUUUCUACUUUACUGCCUCAGUUCCUUUUUUUUGUCAAGUCUGGACAGCCCAUUAGCAGAUCUCAUCCUUUCCAGCUAGAACAAGUUCCUCGUCUAGCUGAGGCCUGACUUGAAUCAUUCCUUCUUUCUUAAUAUCACAAAGCUACUGGUGCAAAAGAAACAAAUUAGUGAAACAGUAGGCCAGAGGUAGACCCUACUGUAAAUAAGAAGGACGAGACAGGCACAGUGGGAUCCCCAACAUUUUGGCAGGCUGAGGUGGAAGGAUUGCUUAAGGCCAGGAGUUUGAG